AUGAAUCAGAUUGAGACAAAGAAACGCUUGUCACGUGGCACUGCACAUCAUCGCAGAACGAUUCAAGAUAAUAUCACUCACGAGGCCAUGAUUAACUCGCGUUGCGAUAUAUCGCCUUCGGAGCUUCUGAAAGAACACCGCGUUCGUUUUCGUCGCAUUCGUCGGCAAUGGACUGUCGAGCAUCACACCAAGAAACAACAAUAUCUUGCUUGCUAUCACGUCCAAGAAGCGAAAAAAAAGAAAGACACGACGGCGCUUGACAUUGCAGCCAACGAGGCGCUCUUCGGCCAGACCGGAAGUAGCGCCGACGAGCCGUGGGCAAUCGUGGGAUUGCCAUCAACUAGUGGCAUUCCGUGGACUUCACACGACGUGACAGUUUCAAAUUGGUUUAGUGUUACAACAACAACAGGAGAUUGUAGUCGGAGUGGUGGUAACCACAACCCGCGUAGUGGCAAAAAUAGUAUGCAAGUACCUGGGACAGGGGGUACGUCACAACACUUGCCCACAAGAAUGAAAACGCCAGUACCAAAUGGACCAAAUAUAACGCCAGGACUCUAUUUUCACCAUUUUUUGGACCGUCAUACCAGUGGGAACAACAAUUUGACACAUGCCAUGCUCUUUAAUCCGUCGCCUACCAGUAGCAGCAGCUUUCCAUCACCUGUUAUUGGCUAUUCAUCAUCUUCAUCGCCUCCAUUCGAACCAGAUCGUGUGGUAUCAGAUUUCAAUCCCAAUUGGGGCUUUACUAGUCGAAAUGUAUCAAGAAACACCAAUACUACCAACUGGAUGUCCUCUUCACUUGGUAGCAGUAAUAUCACACACAAUAAUAGUACGACCACAACGUCAAGUGUAACAGCAGGCAUUGGAUCACCGAAUGGAGCAUCAACAUAUAUUGACACGUUCUUACCAGAUUGUGACUCGACAUUGUAUUCACUCUGGAGUGCACCUGGAAGUAGUACGAUCAUGGGUUCUGAAACAGAGAAUGAAACCGUUCCGAAUCAAGAGCAACAAGUUCAAGCACCAUUGUAUCUGGCAUCAGAUGAUGAAUUAAAGAUGGAUUAUCCACAGCUUUCAGAGUUUAAUCAGGAUUUGGAUUCGUAUUUGAAUGAUACAAUUGACUCGGGUGGGCCAUCACCUACGACACCACUUGAGACAUCAAUAACAAAUAGUGUUGUGAAAACAGAUCAGGUAAUGAAUUUAGACAGGAGGGGAAUGAAUAAUCGAGAAUCACAGCUAGAAAUGCUCUUAGCACCAACGACUGCAACAGAGUAUCCAAUGAAACAAGAUCGAGGUACAAUAGGUAUGGAGAAUCAAGCUGAAACAUCGACAAAGAGAUUACGUGGAGGUUACAACGAUGUGUACGCAGCAUUUCCAGUCGCAAGUAGUUUUAUGGAUGAAGCCACAUCAAGUGAAAACACGAGCUCUACCCGUACUUUGUGUAGGAACUCAACCAUGGAGCCGAAACAGCGAGGAACCGUGAUGCCGUCGUUAGUUUUGUAUCACAGUGGAUCGAUGUCAACCUCGGCUACGAAAACUCAAGCGGGAGGAAACUCAAGCGGGAUUGAAACUUUAACAUCAGUAAUCACGCCAACAUCAACUGCUUUGGACACAAUGGGCGUGAAAACUGGAAAGCGUCCGCGAAGUCGACAGUGCGAGUUUUCAGGCUGUCAGAACCGUGCACGGUCACAUCAAAAAUGCAAGAAGCAUGGAGGUGCGCACCAGUGUGUGUAUGAAGGAUGCACGAAAAAUAGUCAGAGCCGCGGGUUGUGCAUCGCGCACGGCGGUGGCUCUCGGUGCAAGAAGGAGGGUUGUGUUCGUGCUGCUCAGUCGAAAGGGUUAUGCAAAUCACACGGUGGUGGGGAGUACUGUGCUGUAGAAGGAUGUAACAAGAAAGCUCAUUUGAAGCACCUUUGUCGGACACACGGUGGCGGCGUGCGCUGUAAGUUUGAAAAAUGCUCGAAGUGGGCACAGCGCAAAGGUUGGUGUAUGGCACACGCGAAAGAGUUUGCAGCGUCACGAUGA